UCGUGGUUUAAAGUCCGAGUCUCAUUGAGUUAGUGUCUCAAGUCGCGAUUAAUUUGAUCAGAUUUGGAACUCGGCUCGCCCAGACGCUCUGCUAUUCGCUAUUCGCCAGUCACAGCCGAUCGAGCCGCCGACUGUCCAAACGUUCGCCAAAUAAGCCUGGGCAGAGGAGUAGAUCGCGUGAGACGGGCCCGGAGCGCGAUGGUGCUCUCGGCGGGCGCGUCUUUAGACUGCUAGGCGAAUCGUCCUUGGCCGUUCGGCUUGGUGCACUCGACUUCCCGUAAAAUUCGGCCGCCUGCACGCGACCAUUCGACGCCAAGGUCGAAUAGCGCCAACAACAGGUGAAUGUCGCCGAUGCUAAACCUGAUGGACCUCAAAAGCCUGUACAGCGGCCUGCCGGACGACCGGCCUAUCACCUCGAUCGGGGUCGUCGAGGACUCGGAAAAGUGCCCUCCGGACUUCUAUGUGGUGUCCCGAACGCACGAUCAAGACUCAGACGCGGACUUGUGGAAAGAUGGUUUCUUUGGACGCAAAGUGACCCGCUACCUGUGCCUCUCCAAGAAGCAGGGUUUGCCAGGACUGUCGGACUACAUCGUCGAGUCAAUCGCCGUGGUGAAUGAUAAGGAGGUGCCCCCUGACGGCUACACGCUGCUCCCGAGAACCAUCGACAGCGAGCAAAAAGCUUGGAGGAAAAAACAACUAUGCUACCGCCUUUCCAAAAGAAGUUUGACAUCCAACCUUGUCACCGAUGUCAUAGUGCUGAGCAAAAUGAAAAAAGCCCCAGAGGGCUUUACGCUCGCAGGAGAGAUUAAUGGAUUGACAGUCUGCUUCAAAUCAGUUCCUAAUUCUGUGGCUAGCACUCCAAACCCUUCACUCUCGUUGUCAAGUCUCAACUCGCCCAUCAAUAGCUAUUCAAAUAUCAGUGCGCCAGCGACUCCGAGGAGAAAAUCAAAUGGUCACGCACCAGCCCCACCCACCCCAGGCAGCGAAGAGUCGAUGGAUGACUAUGUCAGCUUAAAGCCAAUCCGCCCGCCGCCACCAUUACCCAACCAUGUCUCGCCAGUGCGCAAUCCCAUGGUGAGACAAUCCUCAAAGGUUGUAGCAGCUGCCAGCAGAACCUACGCGACUCUGGCUGCUUUCCAAGGUCUAGAAGGAGUUCCAUUUAUCAUUAGCCCAAAGUUGAAAGCAAUGGCAGACCCAGCUUCGGUUCCACCGACAACAGUGAAGACUUGGACAGAGUACGAGAUUGAGAGGGAAUUUUCAUAUGACUUCCGGACUGAGCGACAGACGCAGCAGAGCUCAAGUUAGUGUGGAGCCAUGGAAAACUAUGAACUGCGAGUCUGCCUUUUUACCAUUCACGAAGUUCUCAAGCUUAAACACAAUCCCGUGAUUCUUUUUAGCGUUCAUAUUUCCUUGCCUCAUACUGCGAAUUGGUAUCAGAGAGGUCGUUCCGUCCUUGUGCAAAUUUUUUUUCGCCCCUAGAACAUAUUUGAAAGGCUGCAGAUUGGACUGAACUAGAGAGCAAACGCACUUCUUCAAUCGAUUGAAUCCAUUGCAUGUUACAGGUAUCAUGCCUGUUAAUGCAGAUUAUUGGCAAUAAUUAUUGUUAAAAGAAGCAAAUUACCCGUAGAUAAAGAAACUUGAUUGUCAAAAUCAGCUCAAAAAUACUGAAUUAUCAAGCUUUGCUUGUGAUAGACACAUUUGAAAACUAUUCCCGUUGAUCCUGCUAGUAAUUGCACUCAACUAAUCAUUACGUGUAAAUAUUACUCUACAUUUUAUGCCAUGCUCUUCCCACAGCCAUCAUUAGCCUGAUUAGGUAAAUAAUCGAUUUGUUUAUUUACCGGGUGACCCUGGAAUAUAUCUAAACCGCGCAUGAAAAUACAACAAUUAAUUGUUAAGACCCCGAUAUUUAAGAACAUUUGCAUGUCCUAAAAUCAGGAUGGAAGUAUUAUUCAUGAGAGAUUGUAAAUAACCUAAUUUUGGAAAGCGAGCUUUUUGAGAUCCAAAAUUGAAAAGCAUUGAUGCUACCUCAUUUUCCUUCUCCAGCUGCGGAUAUGUAAGUGAAAACCUGCCAAUGAAUAAUUAGUAUUAUAUUGCAAUAGCUAUAAUCGAAAUGUCAGGUGCGAUCGUGCCAUUCUUUAGUUGAUACUGUAUGUUGGUGUUCCCGGAAAACUUGUUCGGUUUUUUGCAAUUCUACCAUUCAUUUUAAAGUGGAUUUUACAUUGUGUACAUUUUGUAUUAUGUCCAACACAUAUUAUACUUACAAUGGAAUGAAUCAUUUAGCUUCCCUGUAUGUUUAUUUCAAACUAAAAUUUAGUGAUUCUCGAUUUAGUUGUCCUUGUGAUUUUCCCCAACCUUGUGUUAGACAGCAAAAUGUGAUUUAUUUAUUGGUCUUAUCAAUAAAGAUUUAUAGUUCAAAA